AAAUCGUGAAAGUUGUUUUUAAAAAAUGAGAUAAUUUACAAUUACCAUAAAGGUUAACACUCAUUUCCAACAUUAGUUAACAGUGUGGCAUUUUUAAAUCCUCUUCAUUAAUUUUAAUCGGCCGACCACAUAUUUUUCCAAAUAUUUGGCCUUAAUUGCUUGUAUCUAUGUGUUGACAUUUUCUCAAUCUGACGCGUCCAAGACCAGAUGUUACAGUUGAUGACCGACCUCUCGACAUUUACCCGGGAUAUGAUAGGUAGGUGAGGGAAUGAUCUCCUAACACUUCACACCACGACCGACGGAAGUCCAAUAUGAAAGGGCUCUGGAAGACCUUAGCACUUGUGGCAAUUAUAUUAGGAAUCCACACUGUGGUUUCUACAGAUACCUGGGCGGCAAAUGAAUUCGAGGAUUUGGCCGCGGAGUGUGAUAUGAUCAUCAGCUCCUUCAACCCCAUCAAAAUGAAGUGUCAAAACAAGAAAUGUAAAGAGGUUACAGAUGACGAUGGAAAUAUCAUAAAACGCAAGUGUUUAAAGAAAAACAGGUGUUGUUACGUACAGGAAUGUCAGGAAUGGCUGUGUUUGCCGAGACUUAAGGAGACCGGAAAUAAGCUGGAGCUUACACAGGGAAAUGAAUGAUGUUAUCGUGCACGUCAUUUGACAUUUCAUAUCGAUAUUAUGUUUGAAAGCAAAUCUACAAUCUUUUAUAUUGUGUAAUGAAAAAAAUAAGAUUUGUAAAAGAAUUUACGUGGCAAAAAAAAAAAAAAUAAAAAACAGUCUCAGAUACACAUCAAAUUAAUGCAAUGCAAAAGCAAAAAUCUCCCAAAAUUCUCCAAUUCAAUAAAUGCAUAUAACUAAUUCUGAAUUCUGUGGUAUUUCUUCCAUUUUUGUUUAAAAAAAUCUAAAACAUAACUUUGUCAUUUAUAUGUCUCAGAGAAAAUUUCCUUAAAGUCGCAGGUGAUAAAAAGUGUACAUGUAAUCAAAUAUUGCAAAGCUGCUGGCAGC